AUGAAUGAUUGGAUAUCGACAUUCCCAGGGUACGGGAAACUACUAACACAGUUGAAGAAGGUUUUCGGACAAAUCAUCAAGACCGGACCAACACCCAAGCACGUUGGGUUAAUUAUGGAUGGGAAUCGAAGAUAUGCUAAGAAUCAUAAAAUUGAAUUGAAGGAAGGACAUAAUUUAGGAUUUGAAAGUAUGGCAAGUAUUUUAGAGUUGCUUUAUGAAAGUGGAGUUGAAAGUGCUACUGUGUAUGCAUUUUCAAUUGAAAAUUUCAAAAGAUCCAGUUAUGAAGUCAAAUGGUUAAUGGAUUUAGCCAAGUCUAAAUUUAGACAGAUCAGUCAACAUGGAGAGCUAUGUGAGCAGUAUGGUAUCAAGAUUAAAAUCUUAGGGAAUACCAGACUAUUGCCAGCUGACGUUCAAAAAAUUUUAUUCGAAACCGAAGAAAUUACUAAAAACAAUACUAGAGCAGUUCUAAAUGUUUGUUUCCCUUAUACUGCAAGAGACGAAAUCACCCAUUCAGUCAAAUCUUCUGUGGAAGACUACCUAAAAAAUAAGGACUAUAUAAUCGAUGAAACAACCAUUGAUAAUCAUCUAUACACUUCAGAUUCUCCUCCCCUUGAUUUAUUGGUUAGAACUUCUGGUACCUAUAGACUAUCUGACUUUUUGUUAUGGCAGGCAGUCUCCCCCGAUUGUGCCAUUGUAUUCAGUGACAAACUAUGGCCCGAAUUCACUCCCUGGGAUAUGGCUAAAAUCCUUAUUAAUUGGAGUUUUAAUCACUACUGGUACGGUCAUGGUAAUGGUAUGGUUACCACCAAAAUCCUCAAUUCCCCUAAGCACCAGGCCGAGAUCACCACUGUGGACGGCACCACUGGUACCACUGGGUUUGCUCGUUAUUCAGACGCAGAAUAUGAAGAAGACGAUGAUGACGACCUCGAUGAUGACGAUAAUGAUGAUUCGGACAACAGCGAUUUGGCUCCAGGCGACCUAGAAACCUCUCCUUCCACCGAAGAAGACACCGGGAAACCCUAG